UGGAGCUCACUGGGACCUCCUCCACAGUUGAAGGCAGAUAAAAACCCAUCACGGACAGGGAGAAGAUACUUCGAGGGACUUGACUCUCCUCUUAGUGCGCUUCACUACUCCAAACCUCUCUAUCUGCUCCUCCUUUUCUCUGUGAAUUCUUCCCUUUCAGAGGAAACAAUGGAGAGAAAAUUGACAUCCUAUAGUACCAGCAGUCAAAGCCGUAGCGGAGGAGGCGGCGGCGGCGGCGGCGGCGGCAGCUUUGGAGGCAGUAGUAGUUUCAGCAUGAGUGGUGGUGGUGGUGGUCGCAGUAAAGGAUCAUAUUCCUCAAGAUCUGUUCAGCUCAGUACGUCAGGCCCAGUUGCGAGCAGAAGUAGCAUAAUUCUGAGGUCAAGCUUAGGAGGUGGUGGAGGUUAUGCCUCUGGUGGUGGAAGUUAUGGCUCUGGUGGUGGAGGUUAUAGCUCUGGUGGUGGAGGUUAUAGCUCUGGUGGUGGAAGUUAUAGCUCUGGUGGUGGCGGGGGUUUCAGUGCCUAUGGUAGUUAUUUCGGUGGUGGUGGUGGUGGUGGUGGAGGUUUUGGAGGCGGUGGUAUGGCACCCAUCACAGCAGUCACAUGCAACCAGAGCCUGCUGGCCCCCCUGAACCUUGAGAUCGACCCCACCAUCCAGACCGUACGAACUCAUGAGAAAGAGCAGAUCAAGACUCUGAACAACCGCUUCGCCAGCUUCAUUGACAAGGUCCGCUUCUUGGAGCAGCAGAACAAAAUGCUGGAGACCAAGUGGAGCCUGUUGCAGGAUCAGACCACCUCCCGCUCCAACAUCGACGCCAUGUUCGAGGCCUACAUCGCCAACCUGCGCAGACAGUUGGACGGGCUCGGCAAUGAGAGGGUUAAAAUGGAGGGAGAGCUGAGGAACAUGCAGGGACUGGUUGAGGACUUCAAGAACAAAUAUGAAGAUGAAAUCAACAAGCGUGCCAGUGUGGAGAACGAGUUUGUGCUCCUUAAGAAGGAUGUAGAUGGCGCCUACAUGAACAAGGUUGAGCUGGAGGCCAAGGUUGAUGCCCUUCAGGAUGAGAUUAACUUCCUCAGAGCUGUCUAUGAGGCGGAACUGCGUGAGCUCCAGGGACAGAUCAAGGACACUUCAGUCAUUGUGGUGAUGGACAACAGCCGCGACCUGGACAUGGACUCCAUUGUUGCUGAAGUCAGGGCACAGUAUGAGGACAUCGCCAACAAGAGCAAGCUAGAAGCUGAAACAUGGUAUCAGCAGAAGUUCCAGGAGAUGCAGAGCAGUGCAGGCUCAGCCGGAGAAGACAUUCGCAACACCAAGAGUGAGAUCGCUGAGCUCAACCGCAUGAUUAGCCGCCUCCAGAACGAGAUUGAGUCAGUCAAGGGACAGCGUGUCAACCUGGAGGCCCAGAUCGCUGAGGCUGAGGAGCGCGGUGAGUUGGCUGUGAAGGAUGCCAAGAUCCGCAUCAAAGACCUGGAGGAAGCUCUCCAGAGAGCGAAACAGGACAUGGCCCGCCAGGUCCGCGAGUACCAGGAGCUCAUGAACGUCAAGCUGGCUCUGGAUAUUGAGAUCGCCACCUACAGAAAACUUUUGGAAGGAGAGGAAAGCAGAAUUGGUGAAAGCGGCGGAAAUGCAACCAUCCACAUACAGUCCUCAAGCUCCGGCGGCAGCUUUGGCGGCGGCGGCGGCGGCGGUGGCUUUGGCGGCGGCGGUGGCUUUGGCGGCGGCGGCGGCGGCGGUGGCUUUGGCGGCGGCGGCGGUGGCUUUGGCGGUGGCGGCCGUGGCAGCAUUAGUGCUGGCUACAGCAGCGGCUACAGCAGUGGUGGUGGCGGCGGAGUUAGCUACGGCGGCGGUGGCGGCGGCGGCGGCGGCAGCAGCGGCGGCAUGAUUUACUCAAAAGUGAGCAGUAGUACCUCAUCCAGCCGUGGUUAUUAAAAACAGCAGUUGUCUUUCUCUCCAUUCUUCUUCUUCCCACAUUUUGUUCUCCUCAUCUUGUACCUCCCCUCUCCCUGACCUCACUCACAAAAGCUUCAAUAAACCUCAAUCAUCUCUCUCCAUGGAGACACAGCAGCCUGACCAGUUUCACCUCACAGAUCCAUGUAAUGGUACAGCUCUCUUUGGCACAACAUACCAACAGAGAGUCAGAGAUUACAUCAAAAUACAAAUCGAGGCAGAGAAGUUAUUAGAGCAGAAACAAAGAGCAGCAGAAAUGUGAGUCAGUCCUCUCUGCCUUUGAUCAGUCAGCCUGGCUGUCUUUUGGUUGCCGGAUCCGCUGUCAUGCAGACAAGAGGAUACUUGUAGUGUUAUGACAACGUAUCCUUACAAGGCAAAACUCAUUGCACACAAAAAGCAAACAGCAGCUACUAGAUUUGUACAGAAGAUGGUCCGGAUGUAGAUGUUCAUGAAUUUAUAAAGCACACCUGGCAUCCACCCUUCUUUUCUGCAAUGUCUUCUCUGUUGUCUUACAUCUGUCAUUUUGCUGUGCAUUUUAAAAUCAUCAAAAGCAGCCACAUAUAAACACUUUCAUUAUUGUUUUUUGGGAUCCUCUUUUUCUUCUCCAGUUCUGAGAUAAAAUGAGGUCUCCAAUGCUGUUUUGAUCCUGCUUUACUUCCAUUUCCACUCUGAAUAAAAAAGAAACAUGGAUAAGGCUGACUGGGACAACCAGAUUUUGUAACACCCAAACGUCCGAAAUAAAUCUGAUUUCGUAGCCAU